AUGUCAGAAUCUUUACCAGAGCCAGUACUUCACAGAAUUCCCUGCACCUGCCCUCGCGCCUCCGACUGUUCCCUCCGCUGCUACGCCUAUCUUCCCACCAUUCCGAGUCCUGAUUCCACUUCGUAUUCUUCCGCCCAGAGCUCCCGCCUCGUUCUCAAACAGCACAUCCGCACAACUUUCGGCCACCUACACUCCCUCUUCCAGUCCUUUAUCUCUUCUACUUCCACCUCCACCAGCCCAGACCGAGAUGCUGGUCACCUUUCCCGUCUCGGUUUAUAUUCACGCUCAUCAACAGAAGAUACCUCUACCUCCUCGCAUAUCCCAACACUCGUGCUACAGUCUCUCCACACCCUCCUCAACCGCUCCCGCAACAGGAAUCAACGACUAAACUCCCUAAUAGCCGAACCGGCCAAAGAUGAGGAUCCAGAAGCAAUACCCAUGUUUCACCUCACCGUUCUCUUCAGUGCACUAUUACGCAACUACGAGUUCUUCUUGGUUGAUCUGGUCCCUUACUACAGAGAGGACUGGGCGGAGGGGAGAGGUAGGUGUCUGAUGGCGGAGUUUUUGGGAGAAAUCACAAGGGCGGAGAAGAAAUUAGAGAGGUCAGACAAGACCGAGGCUACUGCGGUAGACUAG